UGGUCACUCAAGAGGGGAUUAAAGGAGAAUUUAGUGUCACUGAGCUGUGACUGCUGAAGAGGGAACUCAAGUGUUCGGGUCACUGUGUGAACAGGAUGGUUUCAGUUCAGAGCUGUACCAGAAGGAAUAUGGCAGGCUUUCCUCCCGCUUUACCGGGCUUUGGGAGCUCAGGAAAGAGUUUUCUUAUCGACAAUCUGCUGCAGACACCUUCAGCCCGUCCAGAGGGGACGACGAGUGGACACCUGAGACGAGCAGCAUGUGAACGUCCGAGGAGAAGCUGGGGCCCUGAGCAUGGAGCCUAUCACAGCCAGACCAACAGUCCCCAGCAGGUCAAAGACUUACGAGGACCGCUUCUUCCACACUCAGGUGUGCUGAGCAGUGUUUUCCUGCGCAGCCCGCAGUAUCUGUUGGCAUGCUGCGGUGGGUCCAGCCCCCCUCCUGUCUUCUCCAAGGGUGCCAAUAUUCAAAUGUGGUCUGCUAAUAUAAGUCCUAAAUCACGAAGAGGAAUCCUUAGGAGGGCUGUGUUCUCUGAAGAACAGAGGAAGGAGCUGGAGAGAACCUUUCGGAGACAGAAGUACAUCAGCAAGACGGACAGAAACAAACUGGCAGCAGAUCUGAGUCUCAAGGAGUCACAGGUAAAGAUCUGGUUCCAGAACCGUCGAAUGAAGUGGAGAAACUGUAGGGAGAAGGAGGUUCAUAACAUUCGCUCCCCAAUGGAUGAGCUCAUGGCCCGAGGUCUCGCUCAGGAAGAGGAAGAACCAUCACAAAAUCACACUAAUGCAAAAACAGAGAGAUCGCCAGCACAGAAGAGUACUAGGGACACAUGAGAGGCCAAUAUAGGUGGAUAGUAAAAGUGACUUUCUUAGAUCCCUAAAACCCUCUAAAAAGACUGCAAUACUGGAGGGAUGUUAGACAAAUAUGGAUGGAAUACACUGUCUGUGAAGACUAACACUGAUAAUAUUAACUUUUCCUUCAAUGCAUGUCACGUUUUGUUACAUCAUGAAUGUAAAUAGGCUCAACUGCUUGGUCAGUUAUUAUCUUAUUGCAUUUCACAGGCUCCAGUAAGCAAUUUCACGGUUACUACACUGACAAGUAUUUCCAGGAAAAAUUCUGCACUCUUCAGUUGUAAUUGCAAUCACUUAAAGGCCCAAAUGAGUCACUCCAUUUACUUCCAUUUGCAUAUCAAACUUUUUUUUAUAUUUCAUGUUUCGGUGAGCUUUACACUAAUACUCCGUUUAUAAUCCUUUUGGAAGUCAUAUUUCACUGGCUAUACUUUGUAAAUAUUUCUUUUUCAUGAUCUUGAAUGAAAAUAUUAACUGUAAAUAAAGUGUUUUAAUAAAU